AUGGUGAUGAGUAGUCAAAGCAGAGUCUUCAUUUUCACUGUUCUUCUUUUCUGUUGUUUGGAAAUUGAUGAUGUAGCAUCUGAUGAUCAUGAUUACAAACAAGCACUCAGAAAUAGUUUGCUGUAUUUUGAGGGCCAACGUUCAGGGAAGUUGCCACCCAAUCAGAGAGUCACCUGGAGAGCAGAUUCAGCACUUAAAGAUGGCCAUGAUGCUGGAAUUAAUCUUGUGGGCGGAUAUUAUGAUGCCGGAGAUAACCUGAAACUAGGGUUUCCACUGGCAUUCACCAUAACCAUGCUUUCAUGGAGCACAAUAGAGUUCAAUGACAAACUCUCCCAGCAGAAGGAACUCCAAAACGCGCUCAGCGCCAUCAAAUGGGGCACAGAUUAUUUGAUUAAAGCACACACAAGUCCUGAUGUGUUAUACGGCGAGAUCGGAGAUCCAGAUUCCGAUCAUCCCUGUUGGAUGCGGCCGGAAGAUAUGACAACUCCUCGGACUGCUUACAAACUCGACGAUCAGCAUCCUGGUUCCGAUCUUGUCGCAGAAACAGCUGCAGCCUUAGCAGCUGCCUCCAUAGCGUUUAAAUCCGUCGAUAAAAAGUAUUCCUCCACCCUGUUACUUCAUGCAACGCAGUUGUUUGACUUUGCAGACACUCAUCGAGGUAAGUAUUCAGACAGUAUCACACCAGCAAGGGAAAUAUAUUCCAGUAGCGGCUUCGAGGAUGAAUUGGUGUGGGGAGCUGCAUGGCUUUAUCGUGCGACCAACAUGAAGAAAUACCUUGAUUAUCUGGGAGGAGUGAGUGACAUUGGUGGUGUGAGAUCAGUGUUUAGUUGGGAUGAUAAGUACGUCGGUGCACAUAUUCUUGUAGCAAAGCUUGUUUUGGAUGGUAAAGUGGAGACAUCAGGGAUAUGGGCACAAUACCGGUCACAGGCAGAAGAAUAUAUAUGUUCCUGUGCUCAGAAAUCAAACCAAAAUGUGCAUAAAACACCAGGGGGUCUCUUUUGGUUCUUACCAUGGAACAAUAAUCAAUACGUUGCUACUGCAACAUUUGCUAUGUCUGUUUAUUCUAAGUAUUUAUCUUCAAAGGGUUCAUCCCUCCAGUGCAGUGGUGGUGUUGUUAGUCCUCAUGAUCUCACUUCCAUUGUUCGAUCCCAGGUUGACUAUAUUUUGGGUUCUAACCCUAAAAGCAUGAGUUACAUGAUUGGAUACGGGUCAAAUUUCCCACAAAAAAUUCAUCACAGAGGAGCGUCAAUUAUAUCAAUCAAGAAAGAUCCUACCCCAGUAGCAUGCAAAGAUGGAUUUCAGGAAUGGUUUCAUAAGGAUGCACCAAACCCUAAUGUGUUGGUUGGUGCAGUUGUGAGUCCAGAUGGAAAUGAUAACUAUGAAGAUAGUAGGGAUGAUUAUCAACUAGCUGAGCCAGCAACUGUUACUAUGGCACCUUUGGUGGGUGUUCUUGCUCAUUUAACUUGA